AUGCAAGAGCCCAACCAGAGCUUUGUGACAGAAUUCAUCCUUCUGGGCUUCUCCCUGGUCCCCAAGACCAUGCCUCUGCUCUUCUCAGCCUUUCUGAUGCUCUACCUGUUGAUUAUUCUGGGCAAUGGCUUGAUCACCAUCCUCAUCUGUCUGGACUCACAUCUCCACACUCCCAUGUACUUCUUUAUUGGUAUCCUUUCCAUAUUGGACCUAGGCUAUACCACCACAAUUGUACCCCAGAUAUUAGCACAUCUGGUCAGCCCGAAGAAGAGCAUCUCUUUUUCCAACUGUGUGUCUCAAAUGUACAUUUUCUUGGUGCUAGGUGUCACUGAAUCCUGGCUGUUUGCCAUCAUGUCUAUAGACAGAUAUAUCGCCAUCUGCCACCCACUUAGGUACAAGGUCAUCAUGAGCCCAUGGCUAUGUGGGGUAAUGGUCACCUUCUGUGGCCUAUGGGGUGUCACCUCUGCUCUUGUCUACACCAUCUUUGCUAUGCGCCUGCCCUAUUGUGGGCCAAAUAAGAUCAACCACUUCUUCUGUGAAGUCCCUGCUGUCUUAAAGCUGGCUUGUGCAGACACUUCAAUCAAUGACCGGGUAGACUUCAUUCUUGGUUUUAGUGUCAUACUGAUCCCACUGUCCCUUAUCCUUAUCAUUUAUGUUAACAUCUUCACUGCCAUCUUGAAGAUCCAUUCAGCACAGGGGCAGAUGAAAGCCUUCUCUACUUGUGCCUCCCAUAUCACUGUGGUCGCUAUGUUCUGUGUGCCAGCCAUGGUCAUGUACAUGAAGCCUGGCUAUAAGGCCUCCCCAGAAGAGGACAAGAAGCUGGCCUUGUUCUACAAUGUCAUCUCUGCUUUUCUUAACCCUGUCAUCUACAGUCUCCGGAACAAGGAUGUGAAGAGGGCUUUCCUCAAGGUGACAGGAUGGGGCAGGGUUCCAGAAUAA